GCGGUCCCGCCCGUGGCAGGAGGGGAGAGCGCUUCAAAGCGACUGCUGGCGAGGAGGCGACGUCACCUUCGACAUCAGCAACGAUGCCCCCACCAUGGCGGGCGCCAAGGCCACCUUCUCCAUCGCGCUGCGCUUCCCCAGCACGCAGACGGUGCUGCCCGACGGCCGCGUGGUGUGGAGCCAGAACUGCACCGUCAAUGGCACCCGCAUGGUGCAGGGGGACCCGGUGUUUCCGGAGCUGCUGGCCGAGGGCUCGGAUGGUGUCUUCCCCGACGGGCAGCCCUUUCCCCGCAGCGCCUGGGACAAACGUGGGAGAUUCGUCUACGUCUGGUGGACGUGGGGGCGUUACUGGCAGGUGGUGGACGGAGCGGUGUCGCAGCUGACGGUGGGGACGGACGGGGUGGCCCUGGGCUCCUACACCAUGGAGGUGGUGGUUUAUCACUACCGUGGCAGCGAGAAGUUCAUCCCCAUCGGCCGCGCCAGCACGGAGUUCAGCAUCACUGACCAGGUUCCCAUUGUGGUGAAUGUGACACAGCUGGAGGUGGCAGUGGGGGACGGCGAGCGCUUCGUGCGCAACCGCCCCGUGGCCUUCAGCGUGCGGCUGCACGACCCCAGCCAUUACCUGCGUGAUGCUGACAUCUCCUACUCGUGGGACUUUGGGGACCAGAGCGGCACGCUCAUCUCCCGCAGCGCCACCGUCACCCACACCUACCUGGAGGCCGGUUCCUUUGCUGCCCACCUGGUGCUGCAGGCGGCCAUCCCGAUCAGCUCCUGCAGCAGCUCUGUGCCCCCUGUUGUGGAUACCACCACUGGGCUGGUGCCUUCCAUGGGACCCACGGCCACACAGCCUGCAGGGCCCACGGGAUCCGACAGCGCCGUGGUGCCCGGCAUCCCCACGGGAUCCAGCACCGCCACAGCACCCAGCACUGCUGCAACAUCCGCAGCCUCCAGGGCACCAGCAGAACCCACAGGGGUCUCAGUGGCUGCGCUAUCAGACAGCGCUGCCAGUGAGCCCAUCCCCGACCCGGUGCUCAGCACUGCAGUGGCCGGUGCAGCAGCUGGUACAGACUCCCCUAGAGACCCCCUACCCCCCACCUCAGAGUCUUCAGGUGGGGAUGCCCCGGACACUGUGGCUCCCACAGCAGUAGAGGAAAGCAUGGCAGCAGGUGUGGGGACAGCAGGGGACGUGGCCGCAGCCGCCCCUGGAGCCACUGCUGCAGACACGGCUAUGGACACAGUUGGAGCCACGGAUGGAGAUGCAGUUGGACCCAUAGCUGUAGCUACAGCUGAAUCCAUAGCAGAUCCCACGGCUGGAGCCACAGCGGAGCCGCUGCUGCUGGUGAAGCGCCAGGUGCCCGAGGCUGAGCCCACCGGCUGCAUCCUGUACCGCUAUGGCACCUUCUCCACUGAGCUCAGCAUCAUCCAGGGCAUCGAGAGCGUGGCCAUCGUGCAGGUGGUGCCCGCGGCACCUGAAGGCAGCGGAAACAGCGUGGAGCUGACGGUGACGUGCGAGGGGAGCCUUCCCGAGGAGGUGUGCACCGUGGUGGCGGACGCCGAGUGCCGCACAGCGCAGGCUCAGACGUGCUCAGCCGUGGAACCGGCGCCGGGCUGCCAGCUGGUGCUGCGCCAGGACUUCAACCAGUCCGGCCUCUACUGCCUCAACGUCUCGUUGGCCAACAGCAACAGCUUGGCUGUGGCCAGCACCCGCGUGGCUGUCGGAGGAGCGUCCCCAGCUGCCGGCGGCACCACGCUCAUCGUGGGGCUGCUGCUCAUUGCUGCUGCACUGGGCACCGCUGUCUACACCUACCGGUGA